AUGGCGUUUCGCGUACUGUUCGGGUUGCUGUGUCUCGGGACGCAGGCAUUCCGAGGUGCGCACGGAACAUCCAGCGGAGCUGACGAAUCCAGCCUGGUCGCUGCUCAAAACGUGGGCGAGAACUGCGAGCAGCACACAACUACGACCAGCCAGUUUGAGGAGUAUUUCGACAUCGAUCGGAUUGGCAACAACCGGACCGAGCAGAACGUCGUCGACUUCACGCUGUUCGUGCAGGUGCGCAACAUGCAGGAGGAGUUGGCGAUCCUGCUGUCCGCCAGCAACCGGUCCCGCCAGCAUCCCGACUACGGCCGGACGUACGAGGUGCGGAUCAGCAACGUGUACACCGUCAUCUACAAGGAAACGCUCCGGAUGUCCGCCCACCACAGCCACAACUUCAACUUCUUCCCGGGCGAGCAGUUUCGGCUGCGCAUCCAAAUCACACGGGCCGGCCACAUCACCGUCUCCGUGCCCGGGCUGCAGAAGUCCCUCAUCCUGACCGUGCACGACGAGCGCCCGCCGAUCGAGGUUUCGUACAUCAGCUUCGGCUCGCGCAUGAACGCCUACCCGGUGACGUUCUACUUCAACUGCGUCGAUGCGGCGCUGGCGGCAACGACGCACCGGAAGCCGCCGGCGGACGACCAGGAGGCGGCCGGUCCGGGCGGUGCACGGGGGCCCCAGCCGGCCUCGCUCCCCACGCGCGACGCGGAGCAGGAUGGGCAGCGCCGACCGACCGACGACGACCGCGACGAGCCGGACGACGAGUCGGGCGAUGGGGGCGGUGACGGCAACGGCCCGCGGCAGGACACCACCGGCGAACAGCCCGCCAAAUGUCCGGUCUGCCCGAAGCCGGAAAAGUGCGAGGUGAUCGUGAAGGCGUGCUCCGACACGUCCAAGGAUCUGCUGAUGCAGGCCUCCGGUACGGACAGCGAGAAGCAAAAGUACUUCUUCUACUUCAACGUUUACCUGAGCAGCAAGAGCGAGAAGGGCACCAAGGUGCCGGUGGCGGACGCCACCAACCAGAUCGCAUAG